AUGACUUCUGACCCUCCUAAGCGAAGCUUGUUAGCCGACCCAGCCUAUCUGGAGAUCAUCGACAAGCUCUUUGCGUGCAAUGUGGGAGAGUACAUCAGUCUUCCACAGCUUGUCGUUGUCGGUGACCAGUCGAGUGGGAAAAGCUCGGUUCUUGAGGGUUUGACAAAACUUAGUUUUCCAAGAGACAGCGGCCUCUGUACUCGGUUUGCGACUCAAAUUAUCUUUCGGCGUGAAACGCAUAUGAGCAAGAGAGAUAUCGAAGUCUCCAUCAUUCCGUCCUCGGAUCUUGAAGCAGCAGAUGCAGACAAGUUAAGGGCGUGGAAAAGGUCUGGUGCGGAGGCUCUUGAGCAAAAGGAUUUUGUAUCCAUGAUGAAAGAAGUACACGAGCUGAUGGGUCUCUCAUCAUCUCCAAACGAUGGGAAGCCAACAUUUUCCAACAGUGUUCUGCGUCUGCAAAUUUCUGGUCCGGAAGAAGAGCAUCUCAGCGUGAUCGACGUACCUGGUAUUUUCAAAAACACGACACCUGGAUUGACCACAAAAGAGGAUAUUACCAUGGUCCGAAACAUGGUGCUUCGUUACAUGGAAAAUCCUCGAUCAAUUAUGUUGACCGUUGUGCCGGCCAAUGUCGACAUUGCAACUCAGGAAAUUGUCGAGUUGGCUAAAGAAUACGACCCAACUGGGGAAAGAACGUUGGGGAUCUUGACUAAGCCUGACCUGGUUGAUAAAGGAGCUGAAAGCAGAAUUAUCUCUUUCCUCGAGAGCCAAGCGACGACGGUGAAGCUUGGUUGGAUUGUAGUCCGAAAUCCUGGGCAGCAGCAACUGGAUAAUCCUCAAACUGAUCGCGAUGCGGAGGAAAGGACGUUUUUCAUGUCAAGUCCAUGGAAUCAGCUCCCGCCUGGGUGCUUCGGUAUCAACGCACUUAGAGAUCGUCUUCAGGAACUUCAUUCUUCGAUCACACGUCGUGAAUUUCCGGCUGUACGCAUCGAGCUAGGCAAAAAGCUUGCAUCUUCUCGCGAUGCUCUUCAGACUCUGGGCAAAGAACGGGAAACCGCCGAGCAGCAGCGACAAUUGUUGCUAGAUGUCAUUUCAAACUUCCAGCAAAUCGUGCAACACGCACUGGCGGCCAAUUAUGGUUCCCUGAAAGCAUUUGAUGAUCCCGAUUUGCGACUGGCGACACUGAUUGUCUCCAGGAACAUAUCUUUUGCGCAGGAUUUUCUGACUCGGGGACAUAUUUAUGCUUUUCAAACUGGUUGCUCUCAAGAGGACGUCUCACCUGAUUCUGAGGCUCCCAAUGAGAACGAAAUUCUUGCUACCCCUCCAAGCCCCACGCCAGAAUCAAUUCAAGACAGCCUCAAUCCUUCGGAGCCCGCGGCCCAGCCAACGUCAAACUCAACUCGCCAAACGGGCGGCUGUGAGGCUUUGCAAGAUAUACUUUCCGCCGACGAAGAGAUCGAAUGCUCGGUCAUAAGUGGUAUCAAUUCUUGGAUAAGCCAGUUGUACAGGGACUCGAAGGGGUUUGAAAUUGGAACGUUCAAUCAUAAUUUGCUAUCAACCCUCAUGAGAAGGCAGUCGGCUAAGUGGCCCGCUCUUGUCCACGGCUACGUUAGUGAUAUUAUUGUUUACGUCCACACAUUCCUUCAGAAGGCACUGCUGGCCUCAUGUUCUGAUAGGCAGCUGUCUACCAAUGUUUUGUCCCUGAUGAUGGAUGAGUUGGUCGAGAGAUACCGUCGAGCAAUCUCUGCGGCCGAUUUCCUCCUUGAUAUUGAGAGAGCCGGUACUCCAAUGACGCUUAAUCAUUAUCUCAAUGACAACCUCCAAAGAAGCCGACAGGAAAGACUACAAAAGGAGUUGUCCAAUAAGGUUUUUACCUCCAAGCAUCAUGGCCCCGCGAUCCAACUCAGUGAUCUUCAACAACAGUCUCACAUGAGCAACUCGGAGCAUACCGUACAAGAUAUUCACGAUAUUUUGCGCGCCUACUACAAGGUCUCUUGCAAGCGGUUUAUUGACAACAUCUGUAUGCAGGCGUCUGAUCAUCAUCUCAUUACUGGCCCGCGAUCCCCUCUUCGCCUGUUCAAUCCUUCCUGGGUCAUCAGUCUUUCGGACAGUAGUCUUGAGAGGUUGGCUGGUGAAUCUACAGCAACGAAGCGCAGAAGACUGCAGCUUCGGAAAGAAGUUCAAGACCUAGAGAACGGAAGAAGGGCUCUGAUGGGUUAA